UUCGGGAGGACCGACAUGUUCCGCAGCCGGUCGCCCGGUCGUCAGAGAUAAUCCUAGGCGAGAGCCAUUGUGUGCACUGCCAGACGGUCGCUGAAUCCUCUGGAGUCGUAAAACACUAAAUCGGUCAUCGAGGCACAGCGAUACCGGCUGGUAGCUGGAGGACUGUGACGAGUGGGUCAACCAUUGCGGGGUUAGCCGCGGAUAACUAAGCCAAGGAAAAGUGUUUGCCAUUAGUCUGCUCAAGCUAGCCAUUAAAAUGUGGAACCGCCUUUCGCCCACCAAUUCCAAUAGACUGUUGCACGAUAAUGCAUAGCGUAUCACUCUGGAAGGCCCGGAUCCCCCCUGGAUGCAAGGCCCCCUCAAGGUGGCGUUUCUGGGGGCCUCCGGCGUUGGGCGCACCAGUAUCCUACAGCAAUUCUUCAAGCACGACUUCCCGAGGCAACAUAUUCGCACCGCAAAGCGGAACGUCUACCGAAGCUGCCUGGUCUGUGAUACCUGCAUACGGGAGCUAAUGGUGUUGGAUGUGCCCCCGCAGAAGUACUUCCCGGUGGAUAAUCUGGCCGAGUGGAAUAAUGGCCAUCCGCUCGGGCUGCGAACCGUGCAUACGUACGUGUUGGUGUACGAUAUGGGGAAUCUGGAAUCCUUUCAGUACUGUCGUAACAUGCGUGAUCAGAUUUUAGAAAGUUUCAAUCAUCGUGAUUUUAAAAUAAUGGUUGUGGGCAACAAAUUCGACAGGGCAUCGAACCCUCACACUCAGGAACUCAAGGACAUCUCGACUCUGGUCCGGAAGCAUUGGCGUUGUGGCUAUGUGGAGUGUUCGGCAAAAUACAACUACAAGAUUGGUGAUAUUUUCAAAGAAUUGAUGGGCUACCCGGUCGGUGGAACCGCUCCGAAGCUGGAGUUCUCGCAGUCGAUUAGGUCAAAAAAUCGUUGCACAAUACUCUAGUAGUAGCUGAACUGGAGGUUCCCUCCAAAGCGGCUGACUGCCGAAAUCAUGUCCAGAGUCCGAAGGCUGCAGUCCGUUCUACCCUUUAGAUUACCGUCAGUCGGAGUCGGUAUCGGGGCCGGUCGAGGAUGCACUUUGGCGUCCCUCAAUAUGAUCCAGUCUCACGGGCAUUGUUCAUAAAUGGGUUGUAAAUAGAACGUAACCGUGGUUGGCUAAUGGGGCUAACCGACCGUAUCGAUGUUAAAAUUGGCAAGAUAAACACACAGUAGACACAUUUUCCUAUCAGCGGCAUGGGACUAGGGGCAGCAUCAUGAUGAAUCGUUCAAGGAGACGAGAGAUUUUAUUGAAUCUUUGCGAAAGUAACGAACCUUGUGUAGCUUCCAGCUACGAGUACUAACCAUAGAAAACCAGAAUCGACACCCCUGAACCUCAAUGUACCGGAAACCCGUUACCAAAGCCGUAUUCGAAAUACCUAAGACCUCCGUCAGUAGACCGUAUUGCAUCCGUUGUACAAAAGACACACACAAUUACAGUUUAGCGUGAUUUAAACCAAAAUAGACAAUAAAUAUAACGUUAUACAGUAGCACCUCGGUAUUGAUGGUGGGCAGUUUAUAGGUGUCUAGGCGUGUGUAUGUGUUCACAAAAUACUGAAACAAUUCACAGUUGCACAAUAGGGUGUUUUGCUUCGGCUUGGUUUUAGUGGCUUCGCUUGCGCACCACACUUGAGAUGGUACGGGAUGCGCCGGCCACUUUCGAAUUGUUGCUAAGGCAUCAGGUUUACAUUGUUAACGUUUUUAGUGCGAUCGGAUUGGGCCGUUAGCUGAUUCGAUUGUUUGUGUUGAAUAAAUGCGCUGAGCUUGUUUGGUUGCCGUUCGAAUCCAGAUAGAUAGUUCGUUUCGGGGUAGAGCGAAGUAAUUUGCUAGUAUCAGCAGUUGUACCAAUGUGCAUUUCCAUGUACAGAAAUGGUGGACGUCAUAGCUUAGCUAGUCAUAAGUGACUUAAUGUGAUUUCAGAUAGGCUUUUGCUUCUUUCUCACUGCGGCGAUUCCUCUCCCCAUCCAAGAAGAUAUCAGCAUAUUAGUGCCCGAAAGUUCUCUUUAAAAAGUAGAUAUUUAAUUUUUUCCCUCAAAACAAAUGUGAUAAGAACACUAAUUGAACUACUUCAAGCAAGUCAAAAAGCCUCCGAGCGAGUGCUCCCUCAUAAACUAGCGCAAUGGAAUGCGUGGCUCAACCAAAUCGCUUUUGCUAAUUAUUCCAUUCCAACAAGUACUGCCUGCGAGCGCCUAUAACUGGUCGACUUAAUUUUCCAUCCGCUUAUGCUAAUGAAUUCUUGUUCGGUCCAGAUAUCGGGGCAGCG